CGACAGAAGAACCAUCUGAUUUCUUAUUCCUCCUACUCUGUAAAGUUCCAUUACAUCAUGGAGGUGAAUCCCACUGCUCUGUGGAUUUCCAAUGCAUCCAUGCCACCAUCCUUGGAAACCAAGUUUGAUGAGAGCAGGCUCAUGGACAUGCUUAAGGUCUUCUUUUAUGGGGUGAUUUUUCUACUUGGUUCCCUUGGCAAUGGAGCUGUCAUCUGGAUCACUAUCCGCCAGGAUUCAUGGACCAUCAGCUGCAUCUGGUUCUUCAAUCUAGCUCUGGCUGACUUUCUCUUCUCCUUUUGCCGUAUAGCACCUCUUCUAAAUAUUGCUAUCUAUGAGGGUUGGGGGUUUGGAACCUUGGUAUGCAAAGCCAGCGGCUUCAUCAAGUACCUCAACAUGUUCUGCAGUGUCUUCCUCUUAGCUGCAAUCAGCAUGGACCGGGCAGCUUGUGUAGCUUACCCAAUAUGGUCCAGACAGCAUCGUAACAGCCGCUUGGCAUGGCUAGCUGCAAGUGGAGCUUGGUUCAUGGCCAUUGUCACAAGCCUCCCUUUCUACCUUUACCGAAGAGUGGUCACUAAGGGCAACCGAACCAAGUGCUCGGUUGAACUAGCAGGAAAUGAGCAAGUUGUAAAAGUGACCAUCUAUAUGUUGAGACUGAUAUGUGGGUUCUUGGCCCCCUUCACCAUCAUUGUGAUCUGCUACGGCAUCAUCACGGUGGUAAUGAGGAGACGACACACUUCCCUCCAGUCAAAGAAGCCCUUCAAGGUCAUAUUGGCUCUUGUGGUCACGUUCUUCCUCUGCUGGGCACCAUAUCACAUCAUCUAUCUCCUUAAAUUGGCAGGAAUGUCUGGCACAGCGCUCUCAUUUACUAAUCUGUUUGCUUCCUUCCUGGCCUAUCUCAACAGUUGUGCAAAUCCUGUCCUUUACUUCUUCCUGAGCAUGGACUUCCACAAAAAGCUGACCCUUUCUAACAUAAUCAGGGCACUCAAGAAAACCUUGCUUGAAGACAACAGCUCUGUAAUUAGAGGAUCCAUCGGUAACAAUAAGGAAGUGUCUUCCAUCGGUGAGCGGGCAACAUCCUCAGAAGUCUAUCCGAUGCAUUGUGGAAACUCAACACCGUAAACAUGAAGUAUUACCAGUGAAUUUUGAAUUUGUGUAUUUCAGUUGUUGUUUCUGUCCCACCCCAAAACACCCACCCCUAUAUUUUCUGGACAUUUUAAAGUUACAAAUACUUGUAGGUGAGAUGGGCUGACAGAGAACGGCCUUUUCUCCCAUCAUGAGCUGUGAAACAUUGGUCUCGUUGUUUUGCAUUAGUCAAA